AAAUUUCGCAAAAAAGAAUCUUGUACUUGGUGCUUCAACUCUUGUACCUUGUCUUUUAUACAGCGUAAAUCGUAAUUAUAGCGAAAUUGCCGAAUAGAAUCAUGUACAACGUGCUUUAACACUUGUACAUUUCUCUUUCAUAUCACAGUACAUAAGCAGCCAGCGUGAAGGAAGCUAGCUAUUUUUCUAUUUCAAUUUUUCACCUCUCUUCCCAGUCCACCACCAUACAUCAAAGCCACCACCGCCCACCACCGUCGCUGGCGAGCUCCUUUCUCGGCUUUGAAUACUCAAUGCCUGCACAGAAGCGGCCGUACGAAGAUUCUCCAACUCCUCCGUCACCGGAGGAAAAAGACGAUGAUUCGUUACAAGGUAAUCAAAAUCACGACGAAGAAGUCGAUGACAGCGAAGGAGAAGGGGAAGGCGAAGGAGAAGAUUCCGAUGGAACUACUUGUUCGAGCGGCGAGGAGAAAGAUGAAUUUAUCACCGUGAAACUUUCAGAAAUUCGCAAAGAAGUACAGUGUCCUAUAUGUUUAGGCAUUAUACGAAAGACCAGAACAGUUAUGGAAUGCUUACAUCGCUUUUGCAGAGAAUGCAUUGACAAGUCUAUGCGAAUGGGGAACAAUGAGUGUCCUGCUUGUCGUACCCACUGUGCUAGUCGUCGUUCUCUGAGAGAUGAUCCGAACUAUGAUGCUCUAAUUGCACAUCUAUAUCCAGAUAUUGAUAAAUACGAAGAGGAGGAAUUGGCUUUUCAUGAAGAGGAGAAAACUCGAAAUAAGCAGAUACAAGCUUCAAUUGCACAGACAUUACAGCGACAGUCUGAAGCGUUAGGAAGGAAACGGACUGCUAGAGCUGCGAGGAGAUCUCAGGGAAGCUAUCGGAAUUUAAGGGGAAGAAGAAAUUUUCAGGGUGCUGACCACCAGAUAUCUGAUGCGGAGGAAGAUGCUAAUCAUGAUGUUGGCAAGGAUUCUUCCUCUGCCGAUGAGCGCUCGAUAGGAGUCAAACCAAAGCGGCACAAAAAGAGGGCAGGACGGCCUUCUCAGGCCUCAGCAGCCAGUGACGAAAAUGAUGCAGAAACAAACCAAGAAUCAUUUGGUGCAUGUGGUGGACUUAUUCGCUGUUCAGAGAUUCUAGCCUGGGGAAAAGGUGGCAUGCGAAGUAACAACAGGCAUGGGAGUCUUGGUGGAGGCAUUGGAAAGGUCUCCAGGAACAGUCGAGUCUCAAAGCUGAUUGAUUCUCUAAGUCGUGCAGAUGAAAAUCAAGGGAAGUUGGAAGUCAACCUUAUGCUUGUUUCCUUGUCCGAAGAGGAUAUACCAAGUUUACAACGACCUUAUCUUUGCUGCCAGCCAACUAUGGAAGUUAAACAUUUAAGCCAGCAUGUAGCUCAGCAGACUUCCGUAGAAGUCGGCGAAAUAGACAUAGUGCUGAUAAAAGAGAUAAACCCCGCUGACAACCCUUCAAGUUUUGAUCUCGUUGCCAUUUCCAAACCCAAUGUUGGAGAUCCUUCUAAAUUUGAAAUCCAUACAGUGAAGGAGCAUCAAACAUUGGGGGAAAUCCAAGAGGGAUGUGGUUUUAACCAGCGUAAUCUGGUCUUGGCAUAUCGACGAAAAUCAAAGAAUGGGACAGACCAUGAUGAAGGGAAGGAGGUGAUCAUGUAAUUUUGGCUAUACACAGAAUAUAAUACUCGAUAAGAAGUUUAGUUUCAACUGGGGCAUGGAGUUCUCUGUAAAUCCAUAUAGAAAGUAAUUAGAUCAGUAAGCUGUAUGUAGUUCAUUAUUCAGGAAAGGUUCCCCACCCCCAUCCAGCUACGACUCGACGUUUAUUCACCUUGAAGUGGUUAUGAACAAAAUAGUGUAAUGAUUUAUUUACACCUUGAAGUGUUUACGAACACAUUAGUGUGAUGAUCUAUUUACCUUUUAUGGACU